CCAACCCUGGAUUAAAUAUCUUUUUUUGGAAGACCAACAACUGUCAAAUGACAAUUGGGUUUAAAAACAUAAUAAAAAUACAGUAUCACAGGUGAAAUCAGUGAAAUGACAGCGGAAAUAAAACCCGUACCGGGAGUAACACAGGAUAGAUUCAGUACUAAUCGGAAACCAAUUCUUUUAUCCAAAUUAGAAGGCUGCAAUGAUGAUGUUAAUGCGGCGAUUAUCAUACCGCGGGAAGACGGUGUCAUUAGUGUUUGCGAUGACAGAACCGUGAGAGUGUGGUUGAAACGUGACUCGGGACAAUAUUGGCCGAGCAUUUGUCAAUAUAUGUCUGCGGGAACAACAGCAAUGGAUUAUUGUGCAGAGACGAGGCAAUUGUUUGUAGGAUUAGAAAAUGGUUGCAUAAAUGAAUUUAUAAUAGAGCCGGAUUAUAAUCGAAUGACUGCUAUGAAAGAAUUUCUUGCACAUCAAGCACGAGUUACUGGUGUUAUAUUUGCCCUGAGUUGCGAAUGGAUUUUGAGUAUUGGACGUGAUAAAGCAUUUCAAUUUCAUUGUUCGGAAACUGGACGAAAACUUGGUUCUUAUCAGACAGAGGCAUGGUACACUGCAUUACAAUUUGACGCUGAGUCAAAAUAUGCCUUCGUCGGAGAUUAUUCCGGACAAAUAAAUAUGUUAAAACUCGAUACAACUGGAGUGACUUUUAUUACAACAUUAAAAGCACAUUCUGGUAGUAUUCGAUCAUUGGCAUGGGAUUCGGAGAAACAACUUUUAUUCUCAGGUAGUUUUGAUCAAAAUAUCGUUGUUUGGGAUAUUGGUGGAAAACAGGGAACUGCGUAUGAAUUGCAGGGUCAUCAUAAUAAAGUAACGGCCCUUUGUUAUUCGAAUAAUGAUCGAACAUUACUUUCGGGCGGUGAAGACGGGGUAAUUGUUUGUUGGGAUAUGGGCGCGGCUAGAAAAGAAACUGCAGUUUGGAUUGAAUCGGACACAUGUCAAGCGUGUGGAAGACCAUUCUUUUGGAAUAUUAAGGCAAUGAUGGAUCAACGACAACUUGGCUUAAGACAACAUCAUUGUCGUCAUUGUGGAAAAGCACUUUGCGCACGAUGCACAUCACAUCGUAUUCCAAUUCCCGUGAUGGGUUUUGAAUUUGAGGUUCGAGUUUGUGAUCCCUGUCAUAUUCAUAUCAAGAAUUCAAAUCAAACUUCAUUGGCAUCGUUUCAUGAUGCAAAACACAGCAUCGUUGGAAUGGAUUUAGACGCAGGACGUCGAAGAUUAUUGACAAUUGGUCAGGAUCGUAUUAUAAAAAUUUGGGACAUCACUGCUCUUCUUCAAUACUGAUAUAUAUAUAUAUAAAAUAAUAAUAAUGAAGAAGGAAUAAAUAACAAAAUACACACGUAACUUGUAUAUCUAAACUUUGAAAAAUGAUGUACUACUGAAAAAUUGUAUAUUAAGUGAUAUUUACCUUUUUAUCUUAUAAUAAUUGUAUGCAAAUGGCUGUUACUGUUAAGAAAAUAACGUUUAAUUUUUUUUUUCACCGUGUUAGCUGUUUUUAAAUGAUUUUAAUAUGAAAUCCGUUAUGAAUUUUACAAUCAUUUUUGCUUUUAACUUUUUAGCCACUAAUCUUAUUAUUAUUUAGAAUUCACGUUUCAUUGUUAUUUUUGAAUAAAAUUUGUUAAUUUAUUUAAAUUAGUAAUGUGCUCUAAUUUUUGGUUUGCUUAACCAAAUUCUAAACUUUUAAGUUUAGAACAAUAUUUGAUGAGAAAAAAAAACGAAUGAUAUUAAACGCAUCGAUUAUAUUAUUAACUGAAAAAUAUUUGAAUGAAAUUAACUUCCGAAAAAAAACUUUUUUUUUUUAAAUUCGAUAAGCUCAAUGGCGAAUUUAUAAAAAAAAAAAGUUUAUCGUACAUUUGGCAAAUUUAGAAUAUAUAAAUAUAUAGUAUAAAUAUAUGAAAUAUAUAAACAUUAUAUAUUUUCGAUGUAAAUGUGUAAAAAAUAUGAAAUGAAAAUUGGUUUAAUUUUAAUGUGUUGUAUAUCGUAAAUUAAAUGAAAUGAUAUUUUCUAAAACAGUUUUUAACAUUAAAUUUUGUUAUUUACUGUAGUAGAUGAAUUAUCUUUUCUUUCUUUUUAAAUUUAAUUACAAAUUAUAAAAAUAUAAAUUUAUAAUAUAGUAUAUAAAAAAAUAAUUUGCGAUUGAAGUAUAUUAUAUAUAGUAAGUAAAACAAAAUAUUCCAUUGUAAACGAUCAUCGAAAAAUGCUUGAAAUAAAAAAAAAUUUCGAGAAUAGUGCGCAUUAUUAUCAAGAUUAUUAUAAACUUUAUACUAAAAGAAAAGUGGUUUAUAUAUAAAAAAUAUAUAUAUAUAAAAUUUAAGGACAAGAAAAAUUUGUAAAGCUAACAAAUUGUAUGAGAUUCUUUAAUGAAUAAAUUAGCCAUUAAAAUGUGUAAAGAAAUAAACAAACUGUAUAAGAAUAUAACACGUUUAUAAAUAAAGUUUGUUUAAACAAAAUUCAGAUACAAUUUUUAAUUAUUCUUCUAUCGUUGUAAAAAUUGAAAUUACAAAUUCACUUUCUUAAAAGAAAUGAAUUUCACAUAUUUACAUUUUGCACAAAGAAAAAUUGAAUUUACAACUUUUUAAAAAUUAAUCUUAAUACAAUUUAAAUGAAAAAUAAUUUAUCUUUAUAAAAAAAAAAAACAAUAAUUAGUUUAAGAUUUAAAUUUUUGAAAAUUCCACA